UACACGCAGUUGCCACAAGUAACGGAACCGGAAGUAGUCCUUACUCCAUGUUCUUGUACUUGACAACAAUAAACAUCAUGGCGGCGAUGGUAAGACUUCAACAUCAAAUCAACAGCCUUGUCGAGGAAACUUAUGCCCGAAAAAAUGAGGCCGAGGAGAGCAGAAAUCCAGAAUAUGUUUCUGCUGUUAAAAUUCAGUCAUGGUUUCGGGCGACAAGAUGUCGAUCCUAUUUAAAACAUUUAAACAGUUCUGCUGUAAACAUACAAAGAAAAUGGAGAGGAUUUUUAGGAAGGAAAUGCUUCAGAAUCCUUAUUCAGAACAGUGUAUUUAUACUCAAAUUAAAUUAUUAUAAUUCUAUGGCAUCAAAGAUCCAAAAAGUUUGGCGAGGUUAUUACAUCAGAAAAUAUAUAUUUAAUUACUACAGUAGAAAACGAUAUCUAGAAGCUCUCCAAAUCAAAAAUGAAAUUGUCAGAUCUGAGUUGGAUGAAUAUGCUGAACAACAAGCACAGAUCCAACAGCGAAUGGCGGACGAGCAGGAGCGGCAUAAUAAAAUUUAUGCAGCACGGAAAAAUCAUCACCUUGUUAGUACAGAAGUUAUACCGGGUAUCUACAACUCUCCUUUCUUACCUUUCCCAUCAGAACAAGAAUAUGAAUUACGAAGUGUAAAACCAUUAGGUAUUCGAAGGAAAAAGGGAGAUAAAUCAAAUCGGUUUGAUCCUGCAUGGAAAAGUUACGAUUUACCCCGUCAAGAAAAGCUUCCUCCCUUGGUUUCUAAACCACAGGGUCCAUUCCGAGAACCACAGGAAGUACAGGAACAGAGAUAUAAAGGUUUUAAACCAUCUCUACGUGUUGCUACAAACUAUUAUUCUCUAGACGAGGCCAGAAAACAGAUGAAAGCUGAGGAAUGGGUGGCUAGAAUUAAUGAUGAUAUAUUUUUCCCAGUUAAACCUAGGGAUCCACAAUAUCAAAAGCUUCUUUAUACAACAUCUAAAUAUGGUCAUCUACCUUAUGGAACUAAAUAUUUCCGUGAAGAAUUUCUUGACAAACAUAUAACACCAAUGCCAUUUAAAACCCUGGUGCCUCCAAUACCUGUUUUUGAUAAAUUAAAUGAUACUUACUCGCAAGGCCAGGUGUGAUGAAUUGUACACAAUCACAGAAAGUGUGGAAAAUGAAAUGACCCUUUUAUUGUUUAAAUCUGGUUUAUACUGGUAAACACAACUUUUUUUUUUAAAAUAAGGUGUGUUUUUUGUUUUAUUAUUGUUAUAAAAUUGUAUAAAAUCUGUGAUAAUCUAACUGUAUAAAUGUAUUUGAUGUAUAAAUUGUUAUUGUUUGUAAAACCAAAAUGAAGAAUAAUGAAAUCAAUUUUAAAGGGACGGGACAGUAUUGUUCCAUAACAUGUCUUUUGGGAUGAAUUUUGAAAUGUAAAAAAGUUUUACAUUAGUCAGUCAGUAAUUUGCAGUGGCUGUGAAAGUAAUCUAUCUAGCAAAAGGUAUUGGACUGAAAAAUGUGUAAAUUAAAGGGGGCAAAGUCAUAUAACAGGGCUGAUUUCUUGAAAUUAUAGAUAUGUACCAUUUUGCUAUUCCACAUUUGAAUUGAUCUAAAGGAGACAUCAUCAGGAAAUAGAAAUUGCAUAUAUUAAACCAAAUAAUAUUGGACUUGCCCAAGUGUAAAAUCCCAAAUAUUGAACUACUGUGUGCAGUUUAUAUUCAGAAUAACUUUUAACCCUAUUGUGCCACUUUAUUUAAAGAAAUUAUUAAAAGUUUCUAUUUCUCACUAGUGUUUACUUAUACUGUCUAUAUUUCAAAGAGCAAUAUUUGUAUAAAAUGGUUUUCAUGUGAAGCUUGCAAAUAGUUGUAUUUUAAGUUUGAAAGUGUCUUUAAUUCUUUAGAUUUGAUCUGUUUAAGCUUCAUAUAAUUUUUUUUUUUUUAUUGCCAUUGGUAGGAAGGAACAGCGGUUUGUGUUUUACAAAAAGUAUGAAUUCAGAUUGGGUUCCAUAUUAUUCACAAAUGAUUUUAGUGGGUAGCCAUUCUAAGAUUGUGCUGUUUUACAUUAAUUACGGAGAAACAUCACAUGACAUUUUCUUUCAAAUUUGAACAGCAGAAACAUUCACCCAAUCUUAAGUAUGUGCCGAUUGCUUGUAUCUUGAAAGUCAGAUAUGUGGACAUGUAUAAAUUAUCUCCAAUUGUUUGUGUCUUAAAGUCAGAUGUUUGGACAUGUAUAAAUUAUCUCUAAUCGUUUGAAAUGUUUAAUUUUUCAAAAGUAUAUAUUGUAAUUUUAGUAUAAAUUAUGUGAUAUAAUUAUGUGUAUACAUUAUAUAAUUCCUUUUAUCUAUACAGUAUACCACACCAGACCACAAUGUCAUAAGGCACGUUCUGUUUAUAAAUUCCUGGGGCUGAAACACUAACCUCUAACUGGUGACCUUUCAACCCUAACAGGUAUAAUCAAAUUGAAAACCUCCUCGCAUCAUAUAUUCUAUUCCAGAAUGUCAUCAAAUAAAUUAUUAAUCCAUUCUA